AUGUCAGACUCCUCACCAGCUGAAAGCACUAACAUGAACGCCGCGAGCCACCUGGCUGCAGGCAGUUUGUGUGCCAUAUGUGGAGACAGAGCUACAGGUAAACACUACGGUGCCUCCAGCUGUGAUGGCUGCAAGGGCUUCUUCAGACGCAGCGUCCGGAAAAACCACAUGUAUUCAUGCAGGUUUAACAGACAAUGCAUUGUGGACAAAGACAAGAGAAAUCAAUGCAGGUAUUGCCGACUGAAGAAGUGCUUCAGAGCUGGCAUGAAGAAAGAAGCUGUACAGAACGAACGAGACAGAAUCAGCACCAGGAGAUCCAGCUAUGAAGACAGCAGUUUACCAUCCAUCAACGCACUCAUCCAGGCAGACGUACUGUCAAGACAGAUCACAUCCCCUGCUCCUAUACUCAAUGGUGACAUACGGACUAAAAAGAUCGCCACCAUCACAGAUGUGUGUGAGUCCAUGAAACAGCAGCUGUUGGUCUUAGUGGAGUGGGCCAAGUACAUCCCAGCCUUCUGUGACCUGCCCUUGGAUGACCAGGUGGCAUUGCUUCGAGCUCAUGCAGGAGAACAUCUCCUUCUCGGUGCUGCAAAGAGGUCCAUGCUUUACAAAGACAUCCUCUUAUUAGGAAAUGACCACAUCAUUCCCAGAAACUGCCCAGAGUUGGAGGUGGGCAGAGUAGCAGUGAGAAUCCUGGAUGAGCUGGUGCUUCCUUUCCAAGAGCUUCAGAUAGAUGACAAUGAAUAUGCCUGCUUAAAAGCCAUAGUUUUCUUUGACCCAGACGCUAAAGGUCUGAGUGACCCUGGAAAGAUCAAGCGGAUGCGAUACCAGGUCCAGGUGAGCCUGGAGGACUACAUCAAUGACAGGCAAUAUGACUCUCGAGGCCGUUUUGGAGAGCUUCUCCUGCUCCUGCCGACACUACAGAGCAUCACUUGGCAAAUGAUUGAACAGAUCCAGUUUGUGAAACUCUUCGGCAUGGCCAAGAUUGACAAUCUGCUUCAAGAAAUGCUUCUUGGAGGUUCUGCUAAUGAAGCACCACAUGCACCUCACUCUCUGCAUCCUCACCUGGUUCAGGAGCACCUCAGCACCAAUGUUAUAGUGACCAGCAAUAUGCCAACGCCAAUCCAUAAUGGUCAAAUCUCCACUCCUGAAACCCCAAUUCCAUCUCCACCCGCUGCCUCCAGCUCAGAACAUUAUAAAAUGGUUCAGGGGGUCAUAGCCACUGUUCCCAAGCAGCCAACCUCCAUCCCUCAACCAACUAUUACAAAACAGGAGGCCAUUUAACAACCCCUUAAAUCUUUAUUCCUUCAGUUUUUUUUCUAAUUAAACCAGGGUCUUUACAUGUAUGUUUAUACACAAUCAGCAUUGAAGCUGUUAACUUGACUGGAACCCUAAAGUAGCUGAAUACUGUAUAUAUAUCUAUAAUAAAAAUCUGCAGGUGUGGUCUUUACAGAUUGAUAGCCUGAGUUUUCAGGCAUCACUUUGUACAUGUAUGCAGCUGCAGCUGAGCUUCAUGGUUCAGUGAAGGCCAGAUAAAACCAUAAGCAUUGUGAUCUUCUAGGCUUACUGCCUUUCUGUAAGACUGACACUUAGAAGUACACUGCUGUAUAUAUUAUAGCUCAUUAUUGGGUAACUUCAAUUCCAUUGUGUCCUAUGCAUGUCCUCAGUGUGUGCAGUAAGGCUUAUGUUAGAAAUGGCAAAGUAAUCAUGUCAGUAUUUCAUGAAUGUUACAACAGGCCUUACACUGUCAUAUAUUUAGUGU